AUGAUGUCAUCAACUAUCCAAGCACAGAGCCUGAAGGACCCUGAGAUUGCAGAACUCUUCUCCAAAGAAGAUCCAGAGAAGUGCUUCACAGAUCUCAGAAAAGUUGGCGGGGGAGGCUUUGGAGCAGUGUUCUUUGCACGAGAUGUGCACACCAAUGAUGUGGUGGCUAUCAAGAGACUACCUUUUAGUGGAAGGAACGCUAUGGAGAGAUGGCAGGGUAUUAUUAAGGAAGUCAGGUGCCUACGAACUUUAAAACAUCCCAACAUUGUAGAAUACAAAGGCUGCUAUUUACGUGAGCACAGAGCAUGGCUUGUAAUGGAAUAUUGUUCAGGAUCUGUUGUAGAUUUGCUGAAAGUUCACAAAAAGCCAUUACAAGAAAUGGAAAUAGCAGCAAUUAUACACGGUGCUCUUCAGGGAUUAGCCUACUUACAUUCUCGUGGCAUGAUCCAUAGAGACAUCAAAGCUGGAAAUAUCCUUCUGACCACACGAGGCCAGGUGAAACUUGCUGACUUUGGAUUUGCUUCCAUGGCCUCUUCUGCCAAGUCUUUUGUGGGAACGCCAUAUUGGAUAGCUCCAGAAAUAAUUUUAGGCAGGAAUGAAGAACCAUAUGAUAGCAAAGUAGAUGUAUGGUCUCUGGGGAUAACAUGUAUUCAAAUAGCGGAAAGGAAGCCUCCUUUAUUUGCUAUGAAUGCAAAGCGUGCCUUAUAUCACAUUACCAGAAAUAAACCCCCUACACUACAGUCUAAUGAAUGGUCCAGUUCUUUUCGCAACUUUGUAGAGUCUUGCCUCCAGAAAAUCCCUAAAUAUCGCUCUACAUCAAAAGAACUUUUAAAGCACCCAUUUCUUCUUCGGGAGCGCCCUACAACAGUGUUAACAGAUCUCCUUGAAAGGGCAAAGGAAGAAAAAAGAAGAAUGCUGGACGAUCUGCGCAAUCAAAAGAUGAAGAAGGUCCUUUCCCAGGAGGCACAUAAAGGGCCUGCAGAAGAAGCACAGGAAGAAAAGGACCAAGAUCACGGUGUUGGACAGACAGGAGCAGUGCACAAUAUUGGAAGUCAUCAGUCUGUUCCCCGUAUGUGCAACAGGACCAGGAGUCAAAGCGGUGGGGUUGACAUUCUUCAGGAUGCCUCAGAUAACAAGGAUGAGCUACACGUGAUGGAGGGAAUCGAAACAAUUACGUAUAAUGAUUCUGCCAUCCGUUCAAGACCUGUUACAAGGGAAAUGCCAGAACAUGAGCAGGAAACUCAGCUCAGAUUACAAAUGUCUGGCUGUAAGAGAAUGAUGCAGCAACAUCAGAAACAGCUCAUGAAUGUGGAAAAGAAGUUUAAGGCUAAGAUGGAUGAGCACCGUCUCAGAUUAGAGAAAGAUCUUGUAACUCAGCGUAACACCUUUGCUGCAAAAAUGAAGCAACUUAUCAAGAAACAUCAGGCUGCGGUGGAAAAACAGGCUAAAGUGAUGUGCAGCAAGGUGAAAAAAUUUCAGCAGCAUAUCCAGGAUGAGCAGAAGAAAGAACUGAAUAGCCUUUUGAAGUCCCAGAAGAGAGAAUACAAACUUCGAAAGGAACAGCUUAAGGAGGAGCUGAAUGAAAACAAGAGCACCCCAAGAAAAGAAAAACAGGAAUGGCUUUCAAAGCAGAAAGAGAACAUACAGCAUUUCCAAGAAGAGGAAAAGACCAAUCUUCUUCAACGUCAGAGACGGUAUCUAGAGCUGCAAUGCCGUCUCUUCAAAAGAAAGUUGUUACUUGGGUGCCACAACUUGGAGCAGGACCUUGUCAGGGAGGAAUUAAAUAAAAGGCAGGCCCAGAAGGAGUUAGAGCAUGCAAUGCUACUGCGACAGCAUGAAUCCACGCAAGAACUGGAGUUCCACCACCUCAACACAGUGCAGAAGAUGCGCUGUGAGUUGAUGAGUCUGCAGCAUCAAACCGAGCUCACUGACCAGCUGGAGCGUAAUAAACGGAGAGAGCGAGAACUAAGGUGGAAGCAUGUCAUGCAGGUUCGUCAGCAGCCUAAGAGUCUGAAGCCGCAUUUGGAUGAAGCACAGGAGGCAGAGUGCCAGGCUUUGAAAACGCAGCUGCAGCAGGAACUGGAGCUGUUGACUGAACUUCAGAGCAAGAUCAAAAUGCAGGCUGAGGCACAAGACGCUCAGGAGCUUCGGGAGCUUGAACAGAGGGUCUCCCUCCGCAAGGCACUCUUAAAACAACAGAUGGAACAAGAUAUAUUGACAUUACAGAAUGAGUGCACUGAAAGAAUACGAAGCCUGCUGGAGCGUCGAGAAAAAGAGAUGAAAGCUUUCAACUCUGAAAGCGAGGGCCUAGGUUUUACAAACGUCCUUUCUAACCUUGCCCCUGAGGCAUUCAGCCACAGCUCCCCUGGAGCUCCUCACAGGGGGCAUCCCAUAAGUGGCCUACCACAAGCCUGGGGCCAUCCAAUACAAGAACUUGCUUGCAUGUACAAGUUAUUUAGUCGUGUGCCAAAUGGUUUGAAGACCAUGUGUGAGUGUGUGAGUUCCUAUUUGAGGGAACAAGGUAAAGCCCUUGUUUCUGAGGAAGGAGAAGGAAAGAACCCCAUUGAUUAUAUUCAGGGCUUAUUGGAUCUGAAGAGUAGGUUUGAUUGCUUCCUCCAGGAAUCAUUUAAUAAUGACCAGCUCUUUAAACAAACUAUUGCAGGUGACUUGGAAUAUUUUCUCAACCGCAACUCCAGGUCCCCUGAAUUUAUCAUUAUUUAUUGAUGAUAAGCUGAAAAAGGGAGUAAAAGGGCAAACAGAACAAGAAGUAGAAACAGUAUUGGGUAAGGCAAUGGUCCUUUAAAGGUUUAUGCAAGCAAAAGAUAUAUUUGAAUGUUAUUAUAAGCAACACUUGGCAAGGAG